GGCUGGCAACAGCGCAUAAAAAACAAGAUGCACAAUUACCGUGCCAAGCUAAGAUCUCGAAAAUAUUCUUACCCGGAAAUUGAAAUCAACACCUUAAAAAGGAAGCAUCCAGGUGAUGCAGUGUCUUCGAAAAAUAUAAAAAAGCCCAAAAAAGCAGAGGUUAAUUACCUCCCUCCACAUCCUACUGGUGAAAGCCAAGAGACUCUGGAGAAAGAGAGGCUUGAAUUAAUUUGUGAAAUUACAAAGAAAAACAAUGCAAAGAUAAUUGCAGAUAAAAUGAAUAAAACCUUCUCUAGCCGAAGAGUUGAAGUGGUCAGCCUCAGCCCCUCUGUGGGUGUGUUUAAAGAAAGGUGGCCAGCAUUAUUCACUGAGGCUCAGAUCAAGGAGGAGUUUAGACGCAUCACAACAGUUUCCUUGGAGGAGACAUUCAUGCGGAAGCUUGAUGAGUACACACCAGGUCUUUUGCGGCUAAUGCGUGCCAAAGGAGGAGCAGCUGGUUGCAAGAUGCGUCCUCUGCUGGACACUUUAAAUGACACACAAAACAUUGAGAAAAAAAGAGAUGCUGUUGUCUGCUGCCUCAUUAACUACCUCGGUGAAAGACAAGAAGAUCUUUUCCAUGACUGCCAGGAAUGUGAGGACUACACAGACAAAACGAUGAAGGUGAUGGUGAAGCACAAUGUCAUGGCUGAGGAGGAUCCAUCAGAUGUGUCUAUUGUGAUCGAGGGAAACCAAGUGAUGGAAGGAUGUGGAAGCCGAACAAAGGCAUGCAUACUGCUGAUGGGACUCAUUUAUGCAAUCAACAUGGAAUAUCCAAAGGAGCUGAAGAACACUUUUGAAGCUUUUCAAAAACUUUUUUUGGAAAUUGAUGGGGCAAAACUACUGAAAAAGGUCCACAGCCUCAAAAAUAAACUCAUGCAGUAGACACAUUUCCCCCUCUUUUUCCGAAGAGGAUCUUUUGUCUGGACAUACUUUUAAUGGAGUGUAGUUUUAUAUUUGCUCCACACACAGACACAGAUCCAUCCAGCCCACUCCAUUGCUCUGUGAUUUCCCCCAGAUUGACAGAAAAGGAUUACCAAUAGAAUUUUGAUCUCUCCUUCUACCCUCUUUCCCUCCCCAUUUGUUUGUGUAUUUUAUUCUCAUCCUAUCUUUGAGAGUGAGAGCAAGUUCAAAAACUAAAUGUUGUUGUUUUGUAUUAUCUUUAUCCAGAUAUUUGAUACUGUACAUGCACAGAAACAACCAUGUGGAGUUUGUGUGUGUGCUUUUGAUAUUUAAAAUAGAAUACGUGGAAAAUAGAAUAAUAUGUGUUGUUUGCAGUUGCCAAUUAUCCAGAAACAACAUUUGAAACGGUUAUCUCAGUGAGUUAUAAAACAAGUCAAAUUGUUCAAUGUUGUGAGAAGCUGUUGUACUUUAUGUAGCACUUUAUUCUGUGUUUUUUGAUAAUUUGGUGCAUCUUUGCUGCUUUUAAACAAGGCUGUUCAGUUAUUUGAUAUACAAAUGUACCUGGACCACAGAUUUGGUCGUCACUGUUGUGUAAAUCUGAAGAGACACAAAGAGUUUAGUCUAAGAGUUUAGAUACAAGAAAAUCUUAAUGUGAUUGGAGAUCCAGCACUGCUCUGAUCUCCUCACUUCUUUCAUUUUCUCUUCUCUGCUUACUUCUCUCCUCACUUCUCUUUUCCGCUCUGAUGUCCUAAACAGGGAUAUGUUUUAUUAUCCAACAUUUUUGAAACAACAUUUGAUAGAUCAGUGAGUUACA